AUGGAUCCCUCAUCUGGAAGAGAACAAGAAUUUUGUUACUGUAUUAGGAUGCCCAGUAAUGAAGAAUUUGCUCUCCUGAAUUUCAGUGUUAAAAUUGCCACUUCCUGGGUUUUCCAGGAAUUAGAAGAUGCAGGCACACCUGAGGAAAAAGUAAACAGUGCUGGAGAUGAGAAUUUGACUCUCAGAAUAAAAGAGCUGGAAAAGUCAAGGGAAAAACUGAAAGGUGUUCUAGAGGACUGCGUGGAGUCAAAUUCCAUCCUGAGAAAUAGGAUGAAAGAGCUGGAGCUGUCACACAAAACACUUCUUGUGAGGAUUGAUCAACUUUGUGUGAAGCUGGACCGGGUUGAAAAUGCCAAUCUGCGCAUUAAAGGGAAACUGCAAAGCAUUCAGGAGGACCUGAUCCACUUGGUAGGAAGCCAAAAGAAGUCAGAGAAGAAGCACAAGGAAAAAUUGCAUUGGCUUCAAGAGCAGCUGAAGACAAAAGAGGAUGAAAUAAAAAGCCAGUCAGAAUAUUUUGAGCACUACAAACGAAGGCAGAGACAACAGACAGCAGUACUGAGGAAAAGGGACUGUCACCUUCAGGAUGAGGUGUCUAGGCUGGAAAAGCAAGUCCUAGAUCUUAAUGCCCAUAUUGCUCUUUUGACAUCCAAGUUAGAAGAGGGAAUGGUGCAGCACCUCUGGCAGAAGCUGCAGUCAGUGUGCAGUGGGACUCAGGGCUGUAAAGACCCUGGAAGGGAAGAAAUGGAAUGGAAGACUUGUAUUGAAAAUGUGGAGCAUGAUUUGAAAAGCCACCUUAAGGCAUUUCAGCAAAACCUGAAGUCCUUGAGGGAAAAAGAAGAGAACACUAGAAGAGAACAGGCAGACCUGCUGACUGAACUGCAGUGCUCUCAGGACACUGAAGACUUUCUCAGAACAAAAUUGGAAGAAUCUCACCAUCAUGUCUAUAGUUUAAAAUUAUCUGUAAUCAAGCUACAGGAAAAAGUGGAAGAGCUUUUAGAUGAAAAUAGAACUUUAAAAGAUGAAGGUACUAUGAAGUUGAAAAAGAAGAAAGAAAAAUACUCAGAACUUACAAGAUUGGUGGAUGGGGACAACAGUGUUAAUCUGGUGAGUCAACUGAAUGGAGAUCUAAUUCAAGAUGAAGUUCAGAAUCCAAAAUGGAGGGCAGUCUUGGAUUCACUCAGAAGCAGAGCUACUCAAACUCCAGUUGUGCUGCUACAUGAUAAAGAGUCUGAAACACCAGCCUGUAGCUGUGAGGGACUAAAGCAGAUGGAGGAGCUACCAGAAGACCUUGUACCAGCUUUGGAAUGCAGUUCCAGUGGCUUUGUGAAAUUUGCUGGUCUAGCUGAGACUGAGCAGGUCACCCUCGGACCACGGAGGGCAAAUACUCUAGAGGACAGUUUCACUUUGCUCAGGUGUACCCCAAGUCAUCAUGCAGCAGGACUGCUUCCCCCUUGUUCUGAGAAGUUACCCAGUGAUGAGACAAGUAAGGAAACCAAAGAUGAAGAAACCUUUUGUCUCUUGAAGGAACACACUGUAACUCCACCAGUGAAGACAUUCCCUGCUUCUGUGGUUGAAAUCUUAAUGAGGAAGAAGCUCCAACUGACCUUGUUUGAACCUGGAAGAUGUAACAUAGCAGCUUUCACCACUGAGAAGAAAGUGAGGAAUUUGAGUUUCUGUGAGACAAAUACUAAUCUUUGGUCUGAUGGCCUUUGCAUUGUUGCAAAAGGAGGAUUUUAUGACAGAGCUACUGAAUUUCUUCAUGGAAUGUUGCCUUCCGCUGUGGCUGAAAUUUUCACAACAUCUCUAGAAGAAUGCAACAUGGAAAAACAUUGGGGAAACAAGCAAAUUCUGCCAGGAAGUGCAAGUGAAAAAAAAUGUCUGGAUAAAGAGGUGGAUGAUGAAAAGUAUCACCAAAAAAUCUUUACAGGGAGAGCUGAAAGAGAGGAAAUACAGAAUGAUGAAGCCCAACAACAACAGGUGACCUGUGAUCUUGAGGAAAGUUCUAAAGUUUCCUACAAAACUGAAUUAUUCAGUCGUGGGAAGCCAGGAGUGGUAGCCAGAGAGAGUCUCCAUAGCAUGCAGGGUGCCCAAAGUUUACCUGUUGAUUCCAAAGCCUUUAAAAAGUGUUUUGGAGGGAGUCCUGAACGAAUGGAGAAAGAAGAAAAGACUUCAGAAAACUGCAUCCCUGAUGUGAAUAGAGGAUGUAAUGGAGAAGACAUAAUUGAAAUGGAAGCGAAAGGAAAGCAGACUCAGAAACCAACUCACCAAACAAGUCCCUCCAGCAAUAUCAGCCUGAAAAAAAGGAAAGAUCAGACCUUGAAACUCCAUGAACCAAGUAAGGAUUUCUCAUGUCAAAAAAUAGCUGCUAAAAAUGUGCAACAUGAAUACUCUCAGAACUUUUUUUCAUCAGAUGAAGAGAGAUAUCCACUUAAAUUGCUGUUUCCUCUGCAAGAGAGGCCUGUGUGCAUAAGCAAACUAUUCCAGCCAAGGAAAAGUUUUUAUAAGUUUUUCUGUCCUCUAUCAACCUGGGAAGCUGGAAAUGAAUGUACUGUGAGAAUAUCUGUACUGGAAAAAGCAGUGGCUGCGUGUUCUCAGAGGAUAUUUCUGCUGAUGCAAGAGAAUGAGAAUUACGCCCAAAAAGUCAGCAUAUUACAACAGGAGAAUGACAAAUAUGCCCAGAUGAUGUGUGCCCUGGAAGAGGAGAUGGAUGCAUAUUUUCAAUAUGUUUUAGCAGCAGAUGAAGCUAACGUUCUUUCAUUCCAAAACUUACUUAAUGAGAAAGAAGUUGCAGAUGGGUGUUAUGAUAACCUCACAGGAGAAAGCACCAUGACCCCAGGAACAUUUUUAGUUGCAACUUUUUCCAACAAUCUCUCAUAUGUUGAAGAGAAAAAUAGGAAUUCUGAAAAAGACUCAUGGACAAUUGCACCAAAUAAACUUCAUGGGAGUGCUCUAUCCCUGAAUGGAAGGAAAAUGAGGUACUUCCAGCUGCUUUCUGACCUGAAAGAAGAAAGAAGCAGGUGCUUCAAAGAAAUGGCUAAAUUAUUACAAGACAAGGAGAACUGUGUAGCAAAAUAUAAUGAAUUAAUGCAAGAGAGAAAGAGAAAUUUACAAAGAAUAGCUCUUUCAGAAGGCGAAAAAGAAACUUUGUUGGCACAUUUGGCAGAGAUAAAGUGUGAGCAAGACAAAUACAGGACCUUAGUUUCAGAACUCCAAGACUGCAAAACUAGCUGUUAUCAAACCAUUUCUGACUUACAGGAGGAAAAACAUGUACUGCAAAGAAAGAUAGACAGAAUCAAGCAAGAAACUUCAGAACGGCUUGAUGAACUUCAGAAAGCAAAUACAAACUUUAUUUUAGAAAAUAAAAAUUUAAAAGAGUUAAUGUCUUCUUUGGGUUUCACCUAUGAAGAGCUGAGAAAAGAGGAAAGUAUAGGAACAAAGAAAAAUAUUGUAAAACUAAAAGAAGAAAGUCAACAACCUCGUCUUAAGCCAAAGAAAGUUGAAACAGCAUGUAGUGUAACACAAACUGAAGAACAGGGAGUUCUGGCUGUAGAUCCUUCAGAUUAUUCUGGGCAAAAGGGCAGCAUGUUUGAAAGCUACAGUAUGAUGAAAGAGCAGGUCAGAAAGGUGGAAGAGCAACUAAAAAUACAGCAAAAGGAAUUAGAAAAAUCUAAAAAAGAGGCUCAGAAGUGGUACAGAGAGCUUGGUUUUGCUGAAACAAGGUGUGAAGAAACCAAAACUCAUUUGAUGCAGGCUCUCUCAGAAUUAGACCAGCUUAAACAAGAAGUUGGGGACAAAAUGCAGGGAAAGCAGCACUGCAAAUUAAUGCCUGUGUACACAUUGAAGGAUGCCCAGGAAAAAGAGGUGGAUAAAAUAGCCAGUAAGAGAUUAGAGCAGCAAGUGUUGACCUUGAAAGCCCAGCUCAGGGACCAGGCUGCAUUACAAAUUCAGUUUCAUGGCUUGCAGAAUGAAGUGGAACUCCUUCAGGCUCAGCUAUGUGAAAAGGAGAAGGAGCUGCAGAAGAGGAAAUCUGAAGUGAAGUUGACAUUAGCUCCUCUGAAGGCUAAGCUGGCUUGCCUCACCCAAAAGUGCCAGGAAAGGAACAGCUUCAUUAGGAGGAUGCAUGAUGAAUUCCACAGGCAAGGAUUUAUUAACUCUGCAUUUGAUGAAGAGAUGAAGAGCCUGGUGAAUGACCUGACCCUGGCAGAGUACAUGGCUGCUUUUACACCAAUGUGUAAUCAAGUGCCUGUAAAAGUAUCCAAACAAUAUUUGGUAGACUUUGUGUCAACUACACUUGAGUAG